CUCUCAUUGGACAUCACUUUAGAUUUCAGCAUCUCCUUCAUACAAGCCACACUAUUGUCCGUGUCCAGGACAUCACACAGGUUGCUGAGCUUUCUGCUUACCAAGUUCCGCUCAUUCUGGCCAAUCGUGUGGCGCGGUGCUUCAGCACCAUUGCAGUGUGGAGAGAUCAUACGGAGUUGUAGCUCGCAGAGAGAGGUAACAUUUGGAGGAAAGAUACUCGACCUGGGUGACCGCUCUGGGAAAACACCAACCCUACUUCCCCGAUACAGUCACCGCGUGACAUUGCCAUUAGCAGCUUCAGUACGGCCUUUUGCCGACAGCUCCCCCGAUUCAACUUGUUGCGGAAGGUGUCGGCACGGCCGAAAAGAGACAACGGUGCGGGACACAUCAAUCUGAGUAGGGCGACAGGACGCUCAUCGACGGCCAGACAUCUAUCGACAAUUAUUGAUGAGCGUCGGUGAUUGACAGAUGUGUGACGCUGUGGGGAACCAUUUGCUUCUCCCAGUGGAGAUCUGAGUUCUGGGACACUGAGGCAGCCGGGGGGGGGGUCUCUGAGGAAGAUGCUGGGUCCAGAGCGCGGUGUUGUCGAAGAAUGGCUCUCAGAAUUCAAGUCCCUACCAGAAAACCGCAUCCCCAGCUACGCCGGCAGCCUUCAUCUGAAGAAGUCCCUGGUGUCGGCCCUCUACAGAGUCAUCCAGGACCCCAACAAUGAGCUGAUGGAGCCUGUGUGCCACCAGCUGUUCGAGCUGUACCGGAGCUCUGAGGACCGCCUGCGCCGCUUCACCCUGCAGUUCCUCCCCGAGCUGGUGUGGGUCUAUCUGCGCAUCACGGCGAGCAGGGACCGCCAGAGCAACGGCUGCAUCGAGGCCCUCCUCCUGGGCAUCUAUAACCUGGAGAUCGUUGACAAAGAGGGCAACAGCAGGCUCCUCUCCUUCACAAUCCCAUCUCUGUCCAAACCAUCGAUUUACCAUGAGCCUUCUAGCCUGGGGUCCAUGGCAUUAACAGAGGGGGCCCUCUGUCAACAUGAUCUGAUCCGAGUGGUGUACAGCGGCCUCCACCCGCAGAGAGAGACCUUCACCGCUCAGAACAGGUUUGAAGUGCUGUGUUUCCUCAUGCUCUGCUACAACUCUGCUGUGGUGUACAUGCCUCUGUCCUCCUACCAGUCUGUCUGCAGAAUGAGCUCACGGCUGUGUGUGUGUGGGUUCCCCCGGCAACAGAAGAAGCUUUGGAGGGAACCGUGCAACCGUGUGCUGCUCGACCCGGAGUUCAUGGUGCAGAUGCUGACCGCCGUUUAUCACGCCAUAUAUAAUGGAGAGUGGGAGAUGGGCCGGGAAGCUCUGGAGGACGUUCUGUACCGAGCCCAGCUGGAGCUUUACUCCCAGCCUCUGUUGUUGGCGAACGCCAUGAAGAACUCGCUGCCAGACAGCGCUCCCGAUGAGCCACGGGGGCGCAAGGUGCUCCAGGUGGAGGUGACACCCACCAUCAACCGCAUCUCCAUGUCAGCCAUCACCACUGCCUCCAUACGACGCCACCGCUGGAAGAGAGAGGAUUGUUUUGACGACUCAGCCGCUGCAGAGUUGAGCCACAUCGUCAAUCCUCCUAGCUACAACAAGCACCACCACCGGCAUCAGCAUCAGCACACUCCCCGGGACCCCGCAACCAAAGAGGAGAGAGAAGGGCGGCCUCACAGCCACCACAGCAGCAGCGGCAUCAUUCCCCCCAUCACAUUUGAGGAUGCUGAUGGAUUGAGCGGCGGGGAAGAUUCCUUCAAUGUCAACGACCCAGACGAGGGUUUCUCCUCCGGAGCGUCCAACAGCAGUCAGCCCAGCGGCACCAAGGCGGGCGUCGGGCAGAGGGGGGGCAGCCUGAACAGCAGCAGCAGCAGCAUCAAGAAAGCCAUCACGGCCCGGCUGUCCCGGGACAAGGAGAGGGAGCGUGAGAAGGAACGGGAGAAGGAGCGUGAGAAGGAACGGGAGAGGGAGCGAGAGAGGGAGGCAGAGAGGGAGCGAGAGAGGGAGGCAGAAAAACAGGCAGAGUUGUCAGCGGAUCACCAGGCUGCCGUGCUGAGGCACCAACAGAGGCAGCCGUCGCCACCAGCCAGCAUCCAAUUGGAUGCCAUCCAGCUGAGCCCCAGAAAGAAGCACCUGAGCUUCCCAGCGGGGCCCACGCUGGUGCGGACUGGCAGCACCUCCUCCAGCAAGUCCUUUGACUGCAUGAAUUUCAACCUGAACGGAGGCGAUGACGAGCGAGAGAAGGCGGCGGGGGGCUCUGACAGAGAGCAAGGGCUUCCAGAGGGAGGCGCCCACCGCCACUCCACCAUCAGCCUGAAGGAGGAGCACCUCGUCAGGCCAGAGGACGCCCAGGACCUCCUGUCCACUGGAGCUCCUCUCACCAAGCAGUCCCGCUCCCCCAGUUUCAACAUGCAGAUCAUAUCACAGGUCUAACAUGUAGUGCAGGGCAUGGUGUGUGUGUACACACACACACACACACACACACACACACACACACACACACACACACACACACACACACACACACAAUACCUGCUCAUAACACUCAUCCUCAUGCAGUUUUUCUCUGCAACUCUUUCCAACCCUACUGUGACAACUUCUGUCUACCUAUCUGUGUUAGUGUGUGUGUGUGUGUGUGUGUGUGUGUGUGUGCUCAAGAGUUGUCUCCACCUCCAUUGCAAUUGUGACCUGCAGUUGCUGUUGGUGGGUUUAGCGUGACUGAAAAUGCAACAGUAGAAAAGUAGUAAACGUCGACUGCUGUAACUACAGCCCAGCAUGUCACUGCAUCCUCCCGUCUGACCAAUCAUUCCACACAGAAACUCCCAGAAACCAGGAAACGAGAGAAAACACGCUAAGGAUGCCAAGCUAGCUGUAGAAGAUAAAUAUGGAAAUCAGAUUAUUUUGAGUUUCUGACUGAAUCAGACAAAAAUUUAUCAGCAAUAACACUUAGAGUCGCUCAUGUGGAGAAGAGUGAUUAGUGCUCUUUCUCUUCAUUCCUUCCCUUUCAUUCCCGGGCUCACGUGCAAUCGUUCUUGCUGAUUAUCUUCCUUGCUAAAUGCUGUUUUUUUUAAAUAAUAAGGCAUAAAUGUUUUUCUUUUAAAUCACAAUCCAAAGAAGAAAGCAUUUGUUUGACAAUGAUUUGAUGGAAAUCAGUCAGACCCAAGGGAUUCUCCAGUUUUCAUCCCAUGAACUUCCUUUUUAAUUUGUAAUUAGAAUAUUCUCAUUUUACCUUUUUGUUAUAACCAAAAACUGUAAAGUGGUAAAGGUUUGUCUUGCCCCAGGCUUUUAACUGGACAAAUCUGAAGAAACACUACCGUGCAGCUACAAGAGGAAAGCAACUUGUGACUUAAAUUGAAAAUCAGAAGCUGAAUCUUGUGGAAGAACUGGAUGAAAACAUUGUGCAGUGACAGUGCAGGUUUGAGACUGAAGCUAAGAGACACCGGCUGUAUUUAAUAUGGGAUUAUUAUGAUGGUCCAAACCAUUUAAUGGGUCCUUCCAAUUCAAAGCUCUUGUAGGUGUUUGGCCUGUGUGUGGUGUCUCCGGUGACGUACUGCCCUCUUGAGGCUUGCACGAGUCGCUGCGCAUCAUCAGCAGUCACCAUGACGAUUACGUUUUGUGCUCUGAUUGGAUGCUCAUGAAACAUUUUGUUCUACCUCAUUGUGUGUUCACCCUGCCACCAGACACCUGUCUCCCAAUCAGAUGCACGAUGAAAAGGUUUGAACGUUUAGGUUGGAGUAAAUAGUGGGGACCAAACUGGCUCACACGUGUCCGUGUAAGGAGUUGUGGAAAUCUCAGCUUUGCAUUUCAGUUCAGUCGCACCAUGCACAUCACGUAGCUGCAAAACACAACUGUCUUCAGGUUUUCUGUUAUAUAUCAAACACCCACAUCAGGAAUAACCUGAUUAUUUGAAUUCCCUAGAAAUGUCCUCCUUUUUCAAUUGUUUUAAUGUAAAAGUGCACUUUUUUUAAAUCCUCAUGUGCACGGAGUUGGAUCUUCUCUGCUGUUAAAUGCCUGCAUCUGCGCACAGUGCUAGCUAGCCUUCUGUAGUGCUCCCUGCCAGGCUGAGUGAUUUGAACACGGCGUGCUUGUCUGCAUGUUUAGUGCCCUGCAAAGCACUGCUGUUUCAGAUGCGAGAAACAGCCAGCGAGCCAAACCCAAGUCUUGUCCCUGUCUUUGCCAGAUGUGCCAAUACACAUCCUCUCCUUAAGGAAAUUAUGCUUUGCUUGUCUUAAUUUAAAAACUAUUGCCUAUUCUUUUAUUGUUUACUUGUGCUAUUUCAAAGUUUAUGGACACAAAAAAAGGGUGUUUGGCUCAACAUGCCCUGAGAUGCAGCUUCACCUUUUUUGCCAUGGGUUUCCUCUUCACUCAUCGAAGGUGUGUGCGCCACACUGCACUCUCACUGUCAUCACUAUUUGCUGUUCAUAUGUAAAAGCAGUAUAUUAUGUGUCUGUGUGCCGUAGAUGUCAGCUGUUGUAUUGCAUUUUCCCCCAUGUCUUGCGCACGUGCUUGUUUAAAAUGAGGAUGAAUGAUUAAUGUAUAUUAAAGUCAGUUCAGUCUGCAGUGAAAAACCCCACACACUCAUGCUCCCGCUGUGCUGGAAAACCUCCACCGUUGCUGCUCCUAGUCCAGAGUGAGUCUUGUGUGCGCUUUAGCCUUAUACAUUUCAGGUCAAAGAGCCUCGAUGGUGGGCUCUUUGGCCUCACAUGCUCCUCCUGUGGACUGUGGAGGAUGAAGAGAGGAGUGCAGCUACAGUUCACACUCCCCCGGUCUGUCUGCUGUCACCCCUGUGCUGUGAGGCUCUCAACAAGCUGUGUUCCCAUUUGCUGUAUUUUGCUGUGAGUUGAGUGGCACCUUUUUUGCUGUUUUUAAAACUGGUGACGUGGUCAUGUCAUUAAUAUGAGUGCCCCUUACCGAGGUUACCAGCAGCAAUGUUGGUACUGUUUGUCGAUUUACUGUAGAGUUACGAAUAGAUGAAUAUCCUUAUGUUUCCGGUGUUCUUUGCAUGUGAUCAGGUCAGGAAAUGAACACUAGCUGGUGAAUAUUAAUACAACUUGACUGAGGCUGUACAAUUUUCAUUUUGGUUGAAUAAUAACCCCAGAAAGGUCCACUUACAUUUCAAAAAAAGUCUUAAAAGGUUCAAUCUGUACUUGUCAGCCACUGUGAAGAGAGUUCAUUUCCUGUCCUGCAUGUGAUAACUGGGCUUUGUUUUCAUAAAGUUUAAUGCACUUUAAUCCAUCCACCUCUCUCCUCAGAUAGUUAUUGAAAUGAUAUAUAUAGAUGUGCAAAAUGUGUAUACACUCAAUGCAGGGUUUUAGUCUCUUUAAAGUAGUACUUCUAUGUGAUGUCACAUUCAACACAAUGCUAUUUUUGUUAGAGUCUAAGGGUACAGCUAUUUAUUAUUGUUUCUUUUCAAAACCAAAAAAAAAUGUAACGGAGGGUCUGGAAGGUCUCAGGAGAUUAUCAAAAAGCCACAUUUUAAAAAUGGCAGCACCAACAUUUCUGUUCUUGAAGUCGGAAUUGAUUCUAUGCAACAUUUUUUCCCAUUUUUUGUUUUGUUUUUACCGGCUGUCACUGAUCCGUGUUGGGUGGUACAGGGCAGAGGCACUUAAGCUGAUUUUUCAAGGAGAAAGUCCUCAACAGCUUUCUGUGUUUUUACCCUGUUGUGGCGCUUCAGAGCGCAGGACCUCUCGUGGGUGAAAUAAGAGGACCAUCCAUUUGUCAUCUGACUGCCCUUGCAGACAGAAAGCCACAUCAUCGGGACUUUUUGGUGCAUGUCGAGCCCUUCUGUCAGUUUGCUGCUCUGUGGCUCAAAGACGUCAGCUGGUGUUUGAAAUCUAAACAGAUUAUCAAAGAUGAAUCUAAUCUAAAUGCUUCGAGGGAAGCUGCUGGACGACGUGAUAACACUGUACUAUUGAUGUUGUAUAAAUGGAGAGAAAGACUUAUUUUAAAUCUUGUAAAUAGAAAAUGUACAAAGGUGAAAGCAAGAUAAAUAUAAAAAACUGAAGAUCAUUCUGAGAUGUAGAGAAAAAGUAAUCUGUAUAUUGUUGAAUAAAUAUUGUGCCGUAAAGGAUA